AUGAGUGCAACCGUCGAGAUUGUUGCUGGUGAAGAGGUCGUCUAUAAUUCUGCACACAAGGAUGUUCAAGUUCCCAACGUGCUCACAAAGAAUUAUGCUUUCCUAGGUGAAGACGCUAAUCAUUCCGACAGUACUGGAGCUCUUUAUGGACGAAUGGAUCUCAAAGUUUCUGUAGUAAAAAAAGUCGAUGCAGAGUCGCCAUCUACCAGUCAAUGGUUCCCGAAAAAAGUCAUUAUUGUGACGGAUAAGCGCCAGAUCGAAUCCAUGGCAUGGGCUCACAGCUCCAGUCGGUGA